UCAAAACAAAGUUUAGCAGAUGUGAAAACGUCAAAAUAACAAAAUUGGUCAAGUUUUAAUGAAAUGUCUUGUCAAAUACGAGUGACAGCCAAUAUACAUGACAUAACAGCUAUAAGAAGAUGUUUAUUUCCCACUGACGACAAUAGAGGUGGUGAUAGUUGGUUACAAAAUUGCGAAAUAUCAGCCUCUCCAACAGGUGAUAUAAUUGCAAUUGCACAGGAAAGAAGAUUAGUUGUUUUAACUUCAAAGUGGGAUUCAAGUUUAUCGCUAAGUCAAUUUCAAAUAAGCUAUUCGGGGUCAGCCCAUGAAUAUGACAAAAUUAAGGCUGUUAUUUGUUUGCCAAUUGUGGGGCAAAGCCAGAGUUCCCAUGUUGGACCAGAUUGGACAUGUAUCAUGAUAGGUUAUGACUCAGGUUUUGUAAGAUUUUAUACAGAAAACCAUGAGCUUUUAUUUGAAGAACAAUUACACUGUGAAAACAUAACGAGUAUAAAAUGCCAAUCACAGCAUAGUCCUAGACCUGAUAUAUCAUCCGAAUUGCACCCCGAAGAAAUCUAUGUGCAAUACCAAAGCAAUUUGUGUGUAAUAAGUGGCCCAGUUUUAUUUCAAAACCUUAGAAACUGCCGAAGCCAACUGGCCAGACUACAAGCAAAAGGAGAUCCAAUGGACAUGUCUCAAAUAAGCCUUAACCCUAAGAAAUGGGGCUUUCAGGACCAAGCCAGUAUAAAUGAUUCUGCAGUUGUAGGCCUAAAUUUGGCUAGUACUUUUGAUCAUUUAUUGACCGCAUCAACUUGUGGUGGUUUUGACACAAAGUAUAGGGCCAUGGCACCACACAAUACUCUGGUUGUGGCUGCUGGGUCCAAGCCUUAUGUUGGGUACCAUUACGCCCUUGAAGGGGGGGCACAACCUGUCUUCAGUGACGUCGCAAAGGCUGUAGCAAGCAAGCUAAAAUCUGCUUUACCGGGUUGGAUAACUGGCAACAAAGCCCCGGCGGAGAAACAGAUGACAACCGCGAUGCAGCCCGCAGAAGCGAUGGGCUGCCGUUUUGGGCUCUGCGACAUACGCAGGACUGGGCUCGCUGUUCUCUUAUCGCCCGACCGUAAAUUAGCAGCUGUCGCAGACGCGCUGGGUCGCGUGUCUUUGAUUGAUUCAUUUAGGGGCGUGACUCUGAGGAUGUUCAAAGGUUACCGGGACUCUCAGAUGUCCUUUAUUCAAGUGCCCGAUGAAAGGAAGAGUAAAUUUAAGAUCGGCAACAGGGUGGCGCUGUUUCUGGUCGUCUACUCGGCCAAAAAGGGCACGUUGGAGAUUUUUUCUGCGCAGCAGGGCACGAAAAUAGCCACGUUCACUGCGUCGAAGAACAGCCGACUUUUGUACGUCAACUACGGCCUGAUGGGGUUCUUGACGACGUCCAAAUCCAAGUACAUUUGCCAGUACACGACCAUAUUCGUGGAUAACGACGGGCAAAUAAAGGAAAUAAUGAUACCGUUCCACUUCGCCUUGACCGAGAAAAACAACAAACGCGCCAAGGACAUACACCUGUACAAAAAGCUGCGCGCCCUCGUAAAAUCCGGCGAUUUCGAUUUCGACAGGCUGAGCGCGGAAGUCCAAAGCACCUGCGCGGAGCUGAAAACGCCGGAAAUACGCCUGCAAACGGUCGAAAUGCUGUUCAACAGCAAGGACGUUCCCACGGAGAUAUCCCUACAAUGUGUUCAAUUUUUUUCCGACAAGUUCGAAACUGAGUCUGAAGCGGAGGAUAGCAAUAGUUUUAGAACGCUAGUCAACAACGCCUGCAGCCUGCUCAAGUUUUUCUUGUUUCUCGACGCCACCGACAGUAUGGACUCUCUAAACGGAAACGAGGAGGAAAUUAAAGCCGAUACGGCGCUGCACUUGGGUGAUAAAGAAAUGAGCAAUCUUCAGAAGUUAUUGGAUUUGAAUGCUUCUAAUGAUAACGCCAAGCAGAAUGAGGUUAAAGUGAAUUUUGCCGAUGAAAGUACUAAUUCUUUGCAAGAUUAUAUAUCGGUUUUUAACCUGACAAACCCGGAUGAAAUAACCUUAAAGCCCAACUUGGAGGAUCCGCAAUUACUGAAGGCGUCUGAAAUCGGGUUUAAACACUUUAUAAGCGGAAAAUCAUGCAAUUUUAAGGACCUACAGCAGGAAUUAACCGAGAGUAAAAUUUGCAUAAAAGAUUUCUUCUAUCUUCUCGUAUAUUACUGGGAGAAUAGAAACUUGUACCUGCAUUUAAAUAUGGAAAAAGAAAUGGAAAAUCUAUCGUCGCUUAUCUACCACAUCGUCAAAGCAGAGAAUAAAGAAAACGUAUUGACCGACUACAACUCGACUUCGAAAUUCUGGUCGAUAGUCCGCGAAAUCCUUCUGAAUUCGACGCGACCGUUCCCAGCCCUAACGGCGGCCAUGUUGUGUAAAAACAUAGCGCAAAAGUACGAACGGGAAAACGAGUUGGACGAAUCUGUGGCCAGUCUUGAGGAAAACAUCGAAGUUCUGUCCCAAGAGAAUAUUCAAUGGUCGAUACUCAUCGGUAAAUUGGAGGAUGUUUCGUUGUUAAACAUCAUUUUGUCGACCAAUCCCAUAGCAAGCGAUUGUCCGCUGCCAAAAUUAAAGCACGAUAAAGUGGACGUUAGUUUGAAGUACAUUCUACAUAAAGGUAGAGGGUCUGUCAGCGAACUGGUGGCCCAAUGGUUGACCAAAUGCGGGAUAAACCCGAAAAACAUCACAAUAAACGACUACAUCUAUCAAAAAACUAUAGAAGAUCGGGAAUCCGGCAGCUUAACUUACGAAGAAUACACUCUGGAAGAAAUAGAGUACGUUAGAGCCCAGCCUGUAUUCGACCACAUUAAUAAGCUUAAAACCCAGUUUCCCUAUAGCCUAGAAACGAGCAAUUUACUAGCAAAUAUAUGCUGGGAGUAUGCCUUAGCCUGGCAAAAAGAUAUGCCGAAUUUAACGCUGCUAGAGGCCGCAAUAAAAUCCCUUGAAAUUGUACCCAACGUAAAAAUAAGACACGGCCUCUUCAACUUGCUGUGGAACACGCAUUUAAAAAUCGUGUACGAAAGUGCCUGCAAGUUGAUCAACAAAGUCGGCAAACUUCCCAAAGAACGGCUUUGUAGGCAAGACACCGGUUUAACAGACUACCAAAUAGCCUCUUUCCUUAGUAUAUGCACCGAGUUUUUCGAUUCGUUUAUGGACACAGCCCAGAAAACCUACAAGGAGCCCAAGUUGAGUCUGACCUUCGAGCCCAUUUGGGAGAACGGCAGUCAACCUCUAGUCCAAUUGGCCGCCGAUCAAAAAGAUGUCAACUACGACCUGCUACAUCUACACUAUCAGCUCAGCGUCACUUUGAAUAUGAUCACGAGAUUCGCCGUGAAGCAUUCCAAGCCUGUAAAUAACUUGUUUGAAGGCUCAAUAGGAAUCCUCUUUUUCACCGACAUGCAAAGGUCGGUUCAAAUAACGUACAACAAAUCGGACCUCAAACUAAACGAUGCAAGGACGAAAUUUUUGCUUAACAUAAUCACGGUAAGUCUGGAAAGUGUCACGAUAGACGAGAACGGGAAAAUUUACUCGGCCGAGCAUGUUAAAUGGAUUUCGAAGUGUUUGGAUCUGGCAAGGUUAUGGAAUAUAGAUGUCGACUUACUACGAAGAUAUCAAGUAGUUCAAUUGUAUUCCAGCGGUUUCGAUUUGUUUGGGGAGGAGUUAUUGCCAGCAAUAAAUAAUAGAAGUGAGUUGGGGAAGCAGUUGUUAACUGUGGCUGGAAAAAGGAUGUCGCAGUACCUUUCGUCAUCUCCCAAAUUAAGCGAGAAUAUUUCCGCUUUCAGUCCAGUUUUGACGAGAUAUUUAGAUACUUUGGAUGGCGAGUGGUGCUCUCCAAGUUCACUCCAAUCGAUUACAAGCCUAACCAACCAGGCAUUCACUUGUUUAUUAGAAGACCAACCUGAGUACAAGAUAGUUCAUCAUUUGUUGGAAGCCUGCAAAACUUUAGAAGAUAUUGAGUCAUAAUUGUUAAUUUUUUACAUUGUUAUAGAUCCUUUAUAUUAUAUAUCAGUACAUACUUGUUCCAUGUGAUUUUAAUAUACAAUAAAAUGUUAU